CCUGCGGAGGCUAUAUAAGGUGUGAAGUGAGGCCACGUGACCUCUUCAGUCGCCGCCGCCGCCAUGGACACCAGCCGCGUGCAGCCCAUCAAGCUAGCCCGAGUGACUAAAGUGCUGGGCCGGACCGGCUCCCAAGGCCAGUGCACGCAGGUCCGGGUAGAAUUCAUGGAUGACACCAGCCGCUCCAUCAUCCGCAAUGUAAAAGGCCCAGUCCGAGAAGGAGAUGUUCUGACACUCUUGGAGUCAGAACGAGAGGCUCGCCGCUUACGCUAAUAUGGCCCUGCCUGUUGCAUCCCCCACCCCUAUGGCCUCUGAAUCCUUGAGCAUGAUCCCAAGGCCUGUGGUGCCUUCCAGAUGAGGACUGCUUGAGACAAGAUACAACUGAAUAAAGUUUUUAUUCCCUUCCCA